AGAAGCAUUACAAACAAACUCGGUGAUUGGCUUAUUUAUAGCCCAUUAUUAGUCUUCAUCAUUUCAUGGGGGUUGGCCGCUCAGUCUCCGAAGUUUCUUCCACUCCUCCCACGGACCAACUGCACUGAACAUCUUUUUGUGUUUCUGUUUCUGUUUUCUGCAAUCCGAUUAAUAUCCUUCUCUUUCCAACCAAACCCACGUAGGAAAUUCACACUCUUGCUUGAUUAAUUUCCCCUUAAAAGCCAUGACUACCAGCGUCUCCGGCGGCGGAGGCGGCGGCGGAAUCAAAUGCAAUGAAUUCUUGCCUUUUUUAGUACAGGUUGGACGGGGAAGAUGGUUUACCAUUUUCGCCUCCUUCCUGAUCAUGACCGGCGCCGGCGCAACUUACCUUUUCGGAAUCUACUCCAAGCAGAUAAAAGCCUCUCUUGGGUACGACCAAACGACGCUGAAUCUGAUGGGGUUCUUCAAAGAUCUUGGAGCCAACGUUGGGGUUUUCUCCGGCCUCAUUGCCGAGGUAACCCCGACAUGGUUUGUCCUGCUCUUCGGCUCCGCCAUGAAUUUCACCGGAUACUUCAUGAUUUGGCUGGCCGUCACCGGAAAAAUCGCCAAGCCGAAGGUGUGGCACAUGUGCGCCUACAUAUGCAUCGGAGCAAAUUCACAGAACUUCGCGAACACGGGCGCUCUCGUCACCUGCGUCAAGAACUUCCCCGAAAGCAGAGGUGUCAUGCUCGGGCUGCUCAAGGGCUUCGUGGGGCUAAGCGGCGCCGUCAUGACGCAGCUCUACUUGGCCAUCUACGGAAACGACGCCGUUUCCCUCAUUCUUCUCAUCGCUUGGUUUCCCGCCGCGCUCUCCGUGGUCUUCGUGUACACGAUCCGCACCAUGAAGGUUGUGCGGCAGCCGAACGAGCUCAGAGUCUUCUACCAUUUCCUCUACGUCUCGAUCGUGCUGGCGUUGUUCCUCAUGGCUAUGACUAUCAUUCAGAAGCAGAUUGUUUUCUCCCACGAAGCCUACGCCGGCAGCUCCGUCGUCAUUUCUUUCAUGCUCUUUGUUCCUCUGUUUAUUGCCAUUCGAGAAGAGCUGGUUCUCUGGAACCUCAAGAAACAAGAGCCAGAGAAAAUUCAGUCAAAACAGGUGGUAGCCCCGCCGCCGCCGGAGAAGGAGGAGGAGAAGAAGGCGGAGACAUCUUGUUUCGCCAACAUAUUUGACAAACCCCCAAGAGGAGAAGAUUAUACCAUUUUACAAGCCCUCCUCAGCAUUGACAUGCUCAUUCUAUUCCUCGCUACAUUAUGCGGACUCGGAGCAAGUUUGACGGCGGUAGACAACUUGGGUCAGAUUGGCGAGUCGUUGGGUUACCCGGCCCGAACCGUAAGCACAUUCGUCUCACUCGUCAGCAUAUGGAAUUACUUCGGUCGGGUCUUCGCCGGAUUUGUCUCCGAGACUCUCAUGGUCCGAUACAAGCUCCCCCGGCCGCUAAUGAUGACAUUUGUGCUUAUUUUCUCGUGCGUCGGCCACCUCCUCAUCGCCUUCCCCGGCCCCGGAACUGUCUACGUGGCGUCCAUCAUCAUCGGAUUCACGUUCGGCGCGCAGUUGCCUCUGCUUUUCGCCAUAAUUUCCGAGCUCUUCGGGCUCAAGUACUACUCCACGCUGUUCAACUGCGGGCAAUUGGCGAGCCCACUUGGGUCGUACAUUCUCAACGUGAAGGUGGCCGGGUUGCUCUACGACAGAGAGGCAUUGAAGGAGCUGGCGAAGAAGGGGUUGGAUAGAUCGUCAGUGAAGGAGCUGAUUUGCAUUGGCCCCCAUUGUUAUAGACUAUCUUUCAUAGUUAUGGCUGCUGUCACCUUCUUUGGAGCUCUUGUUACGUUGAUUUUGGUGGGGAGGACGCGGGAGUUUUACAGGGGCGACAUUUAUAAGAAGUUCAGAGAGGCAGCCAUUAACAUAACGACAGAUGCUGAGACACCGAAAGAGAAAAACAGAGGGAAGGAGAACUUUUGAUUGGGGUUUAUUUAUAUAUAUGCAAAUGUAUUCUGGUUCUGAAUCUAUGUUUAUUAAUUUAGCUUGCAACAAGAAUCAAAAGGGUUGUCGAUUACUGCUAAAUGGAUCCCAUUUUUCUGCAUA